CGGGGCGGGGCGGGGCGAAGCGGGGCGGAGGUUUCCACGGCAACAGCAGCGGCGGCUGGGCCCGGCCGACAUUUUGUGGGCCGAGGUGAUCGCUGUGCAUUUGAGCCAGAAUCAUGGGACUGUUUGACAAGCUAGCAGGAUGGCUUGGGCUGAAGAAAAAGGAAGUUCAUGUUUUGUGCCUUGGUUUGGACAAUAGUGGCAAAACAACGAUCAUAAAUAAACUUAAACCUUCAAAUGCUCAAACUCAAGACAUUGUUCCAACAAUAGGAUUCAGUAUAGAGAAAUUCAAGACAUCCAGUUUGUCUUUCACAGUGUUUGAUAUGUCAGGCCAAGGCAGAUACAGAAAUCUCUAACAUUACUACAAAGAAGGCCAAGCCAAUUUUGUCAUUGAUAGCAGUGACAAAUUAAGAAUGGUUGUGGCCAAAGAAGAACUUGACACCCUUCUGAAUCAUCCAGAUAUUAAGCACCGUCGACUGCCUAUUCUGUUCUUUGCUAACAAGAUGGACCUCAGGGAUGCGAUAUCAUCUGUGAAAGUAUCUCAAUUAUUGUCAUUAGAAAACAUCAAAGACAAACCCUGGCAUAUCUGUGCCAGUGAUGCUCUUAAAGGAGAAGGUUUACAGGAUGGUGUGGAUUGGCUCCAAGAUCAGAUCCAAGCAAUGAAGACAUGAGAGAUAAAUAAAAGAUGUAUGGUGUUCUCACUUACAAGCUUUGUUAGUAGGUGUACGAGAUCUUGGAAAGGAAGAAAGACUUGAAGAACACAGACAGUUCAGUUAAAUAUUCUGUGUUGAUUUGUUUCCUUUUAGUAUCACUUCCAGGAAAAAUGCAUUAGAUUACAUAGUACCUCAGGUAUGCACAUCCAUAAAUUAAAUUGAAUCUCGUGACUGAAGAGCAUAUUUAAAACCAAAAAUGUGUAAAUAAUAAGCAUCUGCAUUCAUUUUAGUUAUAGGUGAUAAUUAGCCAUCAGGAAGUGCCCCUAUGUUUUUUGGGGGAAGACAACUUUUGAACAAGUGGUAAAAUUUAUAUUCCCAAGGAAGAAUAAUCAUCACUUAUAUAAUAAUCAUCUGAAAUAAAGCUGUAUGAAAUACUUAAAAUUGGGCACCUGCAAACAGUAGGUAUUUCUGGAUUUUUUUACUGUAAAUUGUAACAUAGUUUUUUUUAAUAACCAUCUGCAAUAGGCUACUAGAAGAAUAUUUUGAUUGAAGUUACAAGGAUUCAAAUAUUAAGUGCAGCUGUUACAAAUGAUUGCAGAUGUUUUUAAGGAACUGUUCGUAAUGAAAUGUUACAAACUGUUUUUGUGAUGUGCUAUGGUUAUAUUUCCAUUCCCAUCAAUAAAACUUUAAAUGUACAGCAUCUCACUUUUUUUAACAUAAAUAUGUUCAUUGAUUGCCUUUACAUUAUAGGGGUUCUUGGUUUUCAGUUUCAUUUGGAAUUUUUGUCCAUUUUGUGAUGGGAAUAGCAUUCUAUACUGUAAUAAAAUGGUUCUCUCGAGAUUAUUUUUUUUAAUUGCAUGUAUUUGUUAUACUUUCUGAUAAGCUAGACUGCGGUUCCAGGUAUUUGUAAAGCAUACAAUUGAAAAUUAUAUUUUGGAAACAUAGUUAAGGGGCAGUUCACUAGUUACUAGAUCAUUAAUAUGAAAUAUGUAUUAUACUUCUGUUGUGUGUAAAACGUUUUACUUUCAAGAAGGAUUUUUAAUAAACCUUCUAACUUCAAAGGUGCAGUCUAGGUAACAAAUUAAACCAAUGCUAAGCACUCUAUUUUUGUCAUGUCAACUCUUCCUCAUUAAUCCCUCUUCCUGUGUGUGAUAAACAAGAAGACACUCACUGAGAGUGGUAAAGAUGGUCCUCUACUGUAUUUCCCUUCCACUUCCUGAUUCCUGUGGGAGAUGUAAUAUGUAGGUCUUAGAAAAGUUUUUUUUAAUCUCCCAUGUUAACGUAUAAAAUGCAAAAAUAUUCUGUAAGCAUACCUCUUAUGGCUAACUUAAUAGAGGAAUAUUUGGAGCAAAGGGAACUGCCUGAAAUAAUAAAACAGUUUCAUGUACUUUAACUCUUUAAUAAUAAUUGAAUUUUAACUCACCUGCUUUGCUCAAGGGAGCUCUUACUGUAAAAAUCUAUCUUACAGGAUGUUAUAUUUCUGACAAUUCCAUUUGUCAUGAAAAUACUUAUCCUUCAUGUCUGUUUCUGUGACGCCUUUGGCCUUCUGUCAACUGCUAAAAAUGUACACAAUCAGGUACAAAGGAGGAAAAAAUCACAUAAUUGAGAAGUUUUUCGAACUCUGAAUUGUGUAGCAACUUUUUCGUUUACUUUGCAUUGGAUAAUAUGGUAACAAAAAUAAUACUUGUUGGAGACAUCUUUUUCUGAGUACAAAUACUUUGCAAUUAUUUGGUUCACUUAGAUGGCAUAUUUAAUUUUAAGUUGACAUUAAUUUUUCCUUACCAAAGCAAGGUUUAAGUUCUUACAUAAAACCUAACUGCAUUUCUGCCUUUCUUGAAUAAAAAUGUUUUUGAAUAU